AUGUUGGCUCCCAUCCGGUCGUCCAUCUCCCGCCAGGUGAGAAUGAAAUCCUCGUCCACCUCGGCUUUGGCCUACAAAACCAUGCACAGAAACCAAAAGCGUCCUCCUUUGCCUACCUUCGAGGCUCCCUCCUGGAGCGCCGACUCUGCCGUGUGCUCCAUCUUGUACGAGACCCCACCUCCGCUGAAAGCGCCCAGAACGCAGCACGUGUUGAACUGUUUGGUCCAGAACGAGCCCGGUGUGUUGUCCUCGGUUUCUGGAACCUUGGCCGCCAGAGGCUUCAACAUCGACUCUUUGGUCGUGUGCAACACCGCCGUCAAGGACUUGUCUCGUAUGACCAUUGUCUUGGGAGGCCAGGAUGCCGUCGUUGAACAGGCUCGUAGACAGAUCGAAGACUUGGUCCCUGUGUACGCAGUGUUGGACUACACCAACGCCGAGAUCGUGCAGAGAGAGUUGUUGUUGGCCCGUGUGUCGUUGUUGGGUCCCGAGUACUUCCUGGAGUUGAUUGCUUCGCACAACAACUACUCGUCCGAGGCUCUGUCCCUCCCUGACUUGACUGCCGCCGAGAGCGAGUACCACCCAAGCAACUUGGCCCCUUCGGAGGCCUUGAGACACAAGAACACCCACUUGCAACAGAUAUCGCACGUGACGCAGCAGUUUGGCGGUAAGGUCGUGGACAUUUCCGAGAGAAACGUCAUUGUGGAGUUGAGCGCCAAGCCCUCGAGAAUCUCUGCAUUCAUCCAGUUGUUGCACCCAUUCGGUAUCUUGGAGAUUGCCAGAUCCGGUAUGAUGGCCUUGCCUCGUACUCCUUUGGGCAGAGGCCAAGCGGAGGACGAGGAUCCUGUUGCCAAUGCUAGCGACAUUGUGGAUGCUUCCCAAUUGCCUCCUGGUUAA